AUGUUGCGACAUUGCACGGCCACAUUCCAGCUGUGGACGCGCGCCCGUGCCGGCACUGUCAGUGGAACACCGUACUCUGCGGAACGGACGUUCGGCGUCGCCACCAAUCCGUCUGCUGCCGUCGUAGACUCAAACGUCAGCAAAAACGGUGACAGAAAACUCUAUGGAGCAAGAAAAUUGCGCCAGAUUUUUAAAAUUCGUAGACAAGUUUUGUGGACCUACGCAUCCAAUUAA